AUGAAUUAGUAUUUGGCCACCCAUGACUCAAGUCUAAACACUUCUUUGUCAAAAUAAAAGUACUCAUUUCCAAGAGCCAGAAGAGAACCCAUUUAGAAUAAAUCAGCGUAAUCCUCUUUCUCAUUUAAUAUAGAACUGAUGAAUUAAGUUACAAAUUACCUUAAUCUUUGGGGACUAGGAUGGCUGGAAUCGGAUAUGGAUUCAAGUACAUCAAGUUCAUAUAUUUAGACAUGAUUUUUCCAAAGAUGCAAAACCAGUCCCAGCUCCCAAUAUGUAUGAAAUAUAAUCUUUUGUUGAAAACAAUAUCGACAAGAAGAAGGGACCCACAUUUGCUUAUAGCAGAGAUUAAAUGAAAGCCCAUGGAAUUUGGGGUUCUUUGAAUUACCUAUCUCCAGGUCCUGGUAGAUACGCUUCAACAAAUUCCCUUACAGAUUCCAAAUUUACAUUUGGUCUCAAACCAGGAUCUUUAAAAUAGUUUAAUACUCCUGGUUUAUAAUUCAUUUAUUCCUAGGUCCUGGGUCUUAUGAAGCUCUUCAAAUCACAAAUGAGAGAGGAAAUCAAUUCAUUUCAAAAUUCAAAAGCUCCGGAGCUGCAAUCAUAGGCAAAGACUAAGACAGAUUUAAAACCUUAUAGAGUUUCAAUAUUAUUUAACAAUAGCCUAAAAGAGUUUUCCUGAGCCAGCUAGCUAUGAUAUCUCGAAUACAGGAAUCACAGGUACAGGGUUCUGUCCCAAAAAUGGAUUCAAAUCUUCCGUCUUAAAUUCAUUUCCCAAAGCUACAAGAAAAGGACCAUUCGAUUUAGGUGGCAAGAGUCCUGGCCCAGGAUCUUAUAAAGCUUAUUCAGAGUUUGAGUGA